AAUACGUAGCCGUAGAGCUUCGCUGCUAAUAACAAGGAUUUCUGUCUCAUCGAUUUUCUCUAGUUGCAUGGUAAGAGUGGAAGACACACGGCAAAGCAUUACAGUGUGGUUGCCAGCUAUACCGGCCGGCGCUCGCUAAUGUAUUAAUUUUUCAACCCGUGGUUAGCUAUAAAGCAAGGAAAGGGGGCUGGAUGUCGACUCUGAGAAUGGCCUCCAUUGCUAAGGCGUGCGUGGAUCUCUCGAAUGGGAUCCGCGGAUUACGGCUGGGGAAAGGAUCGCAGGAACCUCCGCCUAAGGAGAUCAACAAAGCAAAGAUUGCCAAGAAGGAGAGAUUCCUAGCCAAGAUCAAUGGAUAUUUUAAACGGUUCGUUUACAACGCGGAUGUUUGGAAAGAUGACACGUUUCUUUCGGCGUUCUUUCUUUACUUUUCACCAAACGAGAGGUGUGUCUUGUGCCAGGUUUGUCGAAAAUGGCGGGAUAUUUUGUACCAGCCGCAUUACUGGAUAGGAGUGACCCCAGUCCUCAAAUGUAGAGAAUGGAAUAAAGAUGAGACCAGUAGAAACAACUUCUACCUAAGUCUGCAAGCACGUGGCUUUGACUCCAUAUGCUUGUUUGGCGCAACUGACUCGGAUAUUAACGAAUUUGUGACAAAUUUUCCGCCAUCUAGAAAACACAUACGUUCCGUGAGCUUACGAUGUUCCAACGUCAAUGACACCGGAUUGGAGAAUCUCUUGGACAAAAUGAUGUGCGUCUACAGAUUGGAACUAUCCGGUUGCAACGAAGUUACGGAAGCUGGGCUGUGGUCCUGUCUCAAUUCAAAAAUUGUAUCUCUCAGUAUAAGCGACUGUAUAAACGUUGCAGACGACUCUGUAGGGGCUAUAUCACAGUUGUUACCCUCACUGUACGAGCUCAAUCUUCAAGCUUAUCACGUGACUGACGCAGCUUUAGCUUUCUUCAGCUCAAAACAGAGCUACACAUUGUGUGUUCUAAGACUCCAGUCAUGUUGGGAGAUUACUAAUCACGGCAUCGUGAACAUUGUACAUUCCUUACCUAGCCUGACCGUCCUCAGUCUGUCUGGAUGCAGUAAAAUUACCGAUGACGGGGUGGAGCUCAUCGCAGAGAACCUGAGGAAGUUACGGUCUUUAGAUCUCUCCUGGUGUCCAAGGAUUACUGAUGCCGCACUGGAAUAUAUUGCAUGUGACCUUGGACAACUUGAGGAAUUAACUUUGGAUAGAUGCAAUCAUAUUACCGACAUAGGGGUUGGCUACCUCUCCACCAUGACCUCCCUCAUACGACUCUUUCUCCGGUGGUGUACGUUGAUACGGGACUUCGGCCUUCAGCAUUUGUACACCAUGAAGAACCUCAAGGUGCUCUCGUUAGCAGGAUGCAACCAGUUGACGUCUAGCGGCCUUUCAGGACUAGCCCAGCUGCGCUAUCUGGAGGAGUUGGAGCUGACAAACUGUCCGGGCGCAACCAACGAACUCAUCACGUAUCUCAGAGAAAACAUGAACAAGUGUCUCAUUCUUGAUUAGUGAGAGGAAUCAAAACGGGACAAGCAUUCUCGAAAGCAGAUCAAAGGAUAUUCUCUCUGCCAUAUCAGAUUCCCAUUACACCAUGUGGUCACAGGCACGUGAAGAUACCAUAAUCAACCAAUCAAUUAGCGAUUUAUCAGCCCCCAGAAAACGCCUGUGUUAACUUUGGUAAUGGCGACCUGUGUUGGUAGCCGCUCGACGACUUCAUCAGUGAAUCCUGUUCUGGGUCUGCUCGGGAGUCUACGCGACGGACACACUCAAGAAUCAAACUUAUCUCAUAUAUUCAUUAACACUUUUGAAAAUACGUGUGGGUUGGGUGGGGGUAAACGCUGUUUUAGCUAGCCUGUUUAAAAAAAAUUCUUUCGCCAUCGCAUUUAUUCCGAUCAGCGGAUACUGCGAAAAUCACGAAUGAGUUAAUUUGCAAUUUCCUUUCUUUGUGGCAUGGGUGGUUUUUGCAUUGGGCCUAUACCAUGUAAUUUGUAUGUAACAAUGCCACAGUUAUGUAGCAAACAGUUCUCAGGAUAUUUUCAUUCGGUUUGGCUUGUAGUGCAGCCCAUGAUUCACAUGUUAAAUAGAUGAGAAGAAAAAAAUCGUGUUUAUCGAAAGAGUUUGUGGUUCAGCAGUGUUCACCGCACGCACCCGGACCUUUUCCCAAUAAUUGAUUUGUAUGAGAAAACGUGAAGGCCUUCGUAUUAUAUUCGCAACAUCAACUUCUUGGUGUUGUCGCGUUGCGACAAUGUUGUCAUUAGCCCAGCUAUAGUGAUGUUGUAGGUAUACAUCUUUGAUCUUGUAGAUUAACAGCAUAUUGUGACUUAAGCACAAAUGGUGGAAGACGUAUGUUGUGUCAGAUAUUAUCUGAUGUUAUGUUCGACUAAAUAAUACGUAUUAAUAUACUGUGCAAUACAUUGAUUGAUGGUAAGCAUUUUUGUCCGGUCGACAUACGAUGUAUUUGAAAACAGCGAGAUGUUUAUUGCUCCCGUUGUAACGAUAACGCAAGAAGAAUCACGUCUCUGAAAUAAAAACCGCUAGUAUGGGGGGCACUUUAUUGGAUAGCAACCCGGUGGCUCGGAAAGUUCAAAACUCUAACCGAAGUCAACCACGUGGCCUAUGACAUCACCGUGGUCAAUUGAGUACCUGAGAUAUUGUAGGAAAGAAGAGUCCACUGACCAUCUUCGUUGUUUUUAGGAAUGUUCAAUUCCAAUCUACCAGGAAAAUGUAAGUCAAUGGACUCUCCUUUCCUGUAAUGCAACACGUACCUUGGUCUCAGUGGGAAUCGCAUGGUGAAUUUCACACAAAAGAGACCCAGAUUGGGGUAUUUUGUGAAAGACGCGUAUAUAGUGCCCCAUUAGGUUGUAAUGGCUUUGUAGGGCUCCUAACUGAAAUUUCAGUAAAAAUGUAAAUAACAUUAAAAGUGUGGUUUUGUAACCGAUGAUAAAAAACUGUCCCCUUGAAAGACAUUGUUGUCGUAUUGUAAUUGUAUUACUAUAGUAACCUAUUUUCUCAGUGUUCUCUGGUUAUGAGGAUCCGCCGGACCGUUGGCUAUGUGUUGUAUAUCAUAAAGAGUUGGUUCAUCCUCGGCCCAGUGUUUUAAAUACUCUCAAUUUUACACGACUGUGAUGCUAGAAUUAGAGUAAAUGAUGUAGACUGUAUAUACGAAUGUAUAAAUCAAUAUGGCACGGGUGUUUUUGAAUUUCAGUAAUGUAUGUUCCCCGAAGUUGUACAUAUCUUCUUCAUAUUAUUGUAACUGUGGUGGCAUUGAUGUUGCAUUUAUCACGGCGUCGUCCCCAUGGUCGAUGUCCUCGCUGACCCUGCAGACGAGGUUGAACUGUCAUGGCUGUCAGCUGGGUUCCGGUCUUCGAACCUACGCUGAGCCUCAGACGCCCUCAGGCGGUUCGACAAAACACUAGGGAUUGACUAUCUCCCGCCUGAGCAAGGCGUUCACAUGGCUAUGGUCUGGGACAUUGGUGACAAACUAGGGUGUGCAUACAGAGUUUUCUCCUGUAUAUACUCUCGUUUCGUCUCGCGAGAUAAUGAUGAUGAUAAUUGAAUAUUUUUAUUUAGUGCUCAGAUAACGAAAAUACAUUUUCUUCGCACGUUACAGUAUAAAGGAAUGAAGUGCGCUGUUUUGAAUCCCAGAAAAUCAACAACAAAAAUAUCUCAGACAAAUAUCUUCGGAUUGCUCCAGGCUAAAGCGGACCAACAUGCCUAAUGUAACGUUUUGGGUUGUUCCCCGUAUUUCAGUAUUUCCGUACAAAAUCUAAAAAGUUUUGACAAAAUAGCGUUCCUAAUCAGUGAAGGCAAAGACUCACAAACCCUUAUUACUAAAGUGCUUUGGGAACCAUCACUCAUGCAUGACAGUCAUGUCUUGUUAUACAUAGUAACUCAACAAGUACGCAAUUGUUUACAUCAAUAAAAUACUGA